GGAACGUGUAUUAGUCGACAUUUUAUUUUGAAAGGCAUCACCGGAUGUUGUGAAUGCUGACGUGAUGGUGGUGUCGGGAGCAGCUAUAAGGGGCUCUGUUAGCGGCCGGGAGAAGCGGUGGGAGCUCGGGUGCUGGCGGUCUACGGUGACACGGACUCGGUUUUGUGUCGUUUAGGCUAACCGAACCGGGACACGCAGGGACGGAAGUCAUGGGAGUCGCUCCGGGGCAGCUCUGGAGCAGCCGCAGCGGGGAACACGGCUCAUCUGUCGGCGUGAAGCAGGGAAUUUAACCGCUGGCGAGGAUAAAGGAAAACGUCGGGCCACUGUCUCCAUCACCUCCUCCACCUCUGCUGUGUCAGCCGGCAGUGAUGGAGCACAUACGGACACCGAAGGUGGAAAACGUCCGUCUGCUGGACCGGUCGUCAGGCCAGAGAAAGGCCAGCGUCGGGACUCUGUACCUCUCUGCCACGCACGCCAUCUUUGUGGAGAACAACCCGGAGACGCGCAAGGAGACAUGGGUAUUGCACAGCAUGGUGAGCAGCGUGGAGAGGCCGCCCACCACCUCCUCAGGAGGUCAGCUGAUCCUUCGCUGUAAGGACUUCCAGAUCUUCCAGAUAUUCAUUCCACAGGAGAGAGACUGCUUGGACGUCCACGCCUCAUUGGCCAGACUGUCACGGCCAGAGAAGUACAGCGAGCUGUACUGUCUGUCCUUUAACCCCAACGUGAACAAAGAGGAGAGGGAGGAGUCGUGGAACUUCAUCGACCUCGCGGCCGACUACAAGAGGAUGGGCGUCCCUAACAACCUGUGGGUUGCCACGGCAGCAAACAGUGAAUACAGGGUGUGUGAUACAUACCCUUCAGAGCUGUUUGUUCCAAAGUCGGCCACGCCCGCCAUCAUCGUGGGCAGCUCGAGGUUCAGAAGUCGAGGACGAUUUCCUGCUUUGUCGUACUUCCACCAGGACACACUGGCCGCCGUGUGCCGCUGCAGUCAGCCGCUGUCGGGCUUCAGCGGGCGCUGUCAGGAGGACGAGAUGAUGCUGCAGGCGCUGAUGAAGUCCAACCCUGGAAGUGACUACAUCUACGUGGUGGAUACCAGGCCCAAGCUGAACGCGAUGGCGAAUCGAGCGGCAGGUAAAGGCUACGAGAACGAGGACCACUACACCAACAUCAAGCUGCAGUUCAUCGGCAUCGAAAACAUUCACGUGAUGAGGAGCAGCCAGCAGAAGAUCGUCGACGUGGGGGAAAUGCGAUCUCCGUCCGUGACAGACUUCCUGUGGGGGCUGGAGAACUCUGGUUGGCUCAAACACAUCAAAGCCAUACUGGAUGCCGGCGUCUUCGUAGCCCGGGCGGUGGCGGACGAAGGCGUCAGCGUGCUGGUUCACUGCUCAGACGGCUGGGACAGGACCGCCCAGGCCUGCUCUGUGGCCAGUAUCCUGCUGGACCCGUACUACAGGACCAUCAGAGGCCUCAUGGUGCUGAUACAGAGAGACUGGGUGUCGUUUGGCCACAAGUUCUCACACAGGUACGCUCACCUGGACAGAGAUCCCAAAGAGGUGUCCCCCGUCAUCGACCAGUUCCUGGAGUGCGUGUGGCAGCUGUCAGAGCAGUUCCCGUGUGCCUUUGAGUUCAACGAGCGCUUCCUCAUCGCCAUCCACACUCACGUGUACUCGUGUCAGUACGGGACCUUCCUGGGAAACAGCCAGAAGGAGCGUCGGGACAUGAGGCUUCAUGAGCGCACUCACUCGGUGUGGCCUCAGCUGUGGAAGGACCGAGGCGAGUACACCAACCCUCUGUACAAGGCCGAGCAGAGCCAGAGUCAGGGCGUGCUGAGACCCAACACCUCCCCCUACUGCUUCAAGAUGUGGAAGGGUCUCUAUAACCACGCUGAGAAAUCGACGCCUCCCCGCCAGUCACCUGCCGACUUCCUGUCUGCCGUGAGGGAGGAGUCCCAGCAGCUGGAAGAGGAGCUGACCAAUCACCAGGAGCGGAUCGCAGAGCUGACGGGGAAGCCGAUCACCUGGGAGAAGAUCGAGGUUCCCCGGAGGAGGACUAGCUGCCUGCCGCAGAGGCACAGCGGGCCGGACCCGCCCACCUUAUACAGAGAGCCAAUCGCCAGCCUCGCACAGGACAGCAGUCACACACUUUCCUCUGCACCAGCCAAUCAGAAGACUCACACCAAGGAGCCCGCACUCUCCCUGCCCUUAGGGCCACAUACCCAGCUCAAGAGUCACGACCCCGAUGACCUCUCCACCUGCAGCGACCUGGAGUCGGGCGUGGCUGACCUCAGCAGCCGCUCAUCCAGCGGCGGUGAUGUCGGCAAGGACCCGGACUUGGAGUGACACGGACCGGAUCAAAGGGACUCCGCUGGCUUUUAUUAAUAUUUAUUCACAGGACGGCGAGGUGACGUUUCCAGGUUAAAGGGAGAAACCUCGGCGGCGUUUGAGACGGAGAUUUUGCCGUGUGAGGAGCUGAUGCUGUCGGUCCUUCAGAUGACAAAGUGGAAAUGAUGAGCUCAGAGCAGUGUUCCUCUAAACUUUAAUCAUCUGUAACUCUGUACAUUCCCACAUUGGACGAGCAGCAGGUUUGGAGGUGUGUGUGUGUGUGUGUGUGUGUGUGUGUGUGUGUGUGUGUGUGUGUGUGUGUGUGAGAGCUGGAUCUCUGUUACUGGGAGCUGGUGAUAAACUGGCUCCACUUCCUCCUCCUGCUCAUAACUGGGACUCUGACCGACACCUCCUCCGUCCACUGCUGGUUUAUGGUUGGAGAAGUUUGACUUUAACUGAUGCACUGAAGACGAACUUUGAAAGGAGAGGCGUGACAUCUGUGAUUGGCUCUAAGGAGCUCGUCUCCUUUUUAACUGGUACACUGUAGCCUGUGGUGUGUCUGUACGUCGCUGUGUGUUUCCUGUAUCCACUGAUGUAAACGAUCUCAGUAAAUCCAUAUUAAAGAGAAAAA